AUGUCGGAAAAGUCGAUCUCUCGUUCGAGGCGCAAUUCCCUAAAGCGCAGCCUUGCGUCCAGCUCGUCGAUAAGCGACGCGAAACGCCGCAAGAGCGAGCAUGUCAAGAAAUUCACCGAGAUGGCGCUCGAUGACGUCGAACAGAUCUUUCAGAAGUCCCGAGACCGUCUCAACGAAGCAGAGGAACUGUACCAGGAUGCAGAAAAAGCGCGCACUGAAAAGCUAGAGACCUACAUGGAUGCCACAAAGGCCAUGACAGGUGCGCACCAGGCACUGUCGAGCGCCAUGAUACGUAAAGCGAAUGCAACAAAGGACGUCGCAAGACUUGAAAUGAUCAAGGAUGCUAGGGAGGCGAUUCAGAAACGUGAUGACCUGCAGAGUCAGGUCGACAAACAGAAGAAAGAGCUCUUGGCGGUUGAAACCAAGCUCUUGAUGUGGGAAAACAUCGCCAACAUGGCGGUAGAGAACCUCAAGGGAGCACCUGUUCCAGUUUCAGGGGUAGAUAUUGCGAGCAAAAAGAGGUAUAAGGUACUUUGUGAUGGGUUAUCUCAGCUGCCUUUCUAUUAUCCUUAG